AACAGGCGGCCGCCGGAGGAAGAGGCCGUGGAAGAGGACAACAAGCACGCGGCCGGUACCGAGCAGUUGGUCCCUAUGACUGGUUGUAUAGAUGCAUCUUUGAUCACCGCUCUAGUAGAGCGUUGGCGUCUUGAGACAUCGACAUUUCAUAUGCCGGUCGGUGAGGUUACGAUCACUCUUGAGGACGUUGCCACACUGAGCGGUUUACCGAUCGACGGUGAGGCCGUCAUAGUAGACGUACCAGAUCGUGAGUGGUCGGAGACGUGUACCAGAUUGUUAGGACAUGCUCCUAACGAUCUUAGCGGGGGUGUCGUUAGGCUUAGUUGGCUUAGGGAGCAUUUCAACAAUCUGCCGCCAAAUGCAUCAACAGAGAUUACAGGGCAGUUUGCACGAGCGUAUGCCCUAUCUUUGAUUGGGUUUAUGUUGUUCCCCGAUCGGACUGGAGCUACAGUUCACCUGCAGUAUCUACUCCUGUUGGAGAAUUGGCAGACCGCAGGAGGCUACGCUUGGGGAGCAGCUGUUCUAGCCUACCUGUACCGUGAUAUGGGUAGGUCGGUUCUGCAUAUGACGCAGUCCUCUUCCACCGGAGGUGACCUUGGUGGCUGGGUCGCCUUGUUGAAGCUCUGGGCGUGCGAGCGAUUCCCAUUGAUAGCACCCCGAAAUACAGUGACGGAUGAGCCUAUUACAGCGGACGCAUCUCCACAUGGUGCUCGAUGA